ACAUGUCAGAAACACUGUUGUCAGGCACUAUGCCAACAUACAGUACGCACUUGGAAACUAUUAUCACUACCUUGAUUUAUACAGAUGAGAAAACUGAGGACUAGACAUUAAGGAGUUUACUCAAGAUCAGAGAGCCAAGGCUUGGGUUUCCCCAUCUGUCCAACUUCAAAGUUUAUGACACUAAUUACUGAUGCACUGAGCUGGACAAGGUCAACUUGGAGGUGUAUUAUUCCAAGUGUCUCUGCAAGAGGGAAUAGGGCAAGGCUUUAUGCACUUUGGGCGUCUGCUGAAUGAUUCCAAGGAUGGACUAGAAGCAGGGGCAGUUUAGUAAUUGGGUACCUCAGUGAUUUUGAUUUGGAGGAGAGAGGAACAAAGUUAGGCCAGAGAAGUUAUACAAUCUUCCUCGAAAGAUGGGGAUUGUUAAUCAUUUUGCAGCCGCAGCAUGUCCUCAAGAGAAGCAUUUUUUGUUCUUGGUCUUGUCUCUGCCCUUGUAUAUGUACAUCACAGUCUGAUUAUUAGCAGGGCUGAUUUUACUUUCUCAAUCCUACUCUCACUGCCCCAGUUUAAUUGCUCAUCUAGACUGUGAUAGUCCAGCUUCGUCCUUUAUAUUGCAAACCAGAGUAAUUUACCUAAAACACAAAUAUGACAACAAACCUCAACUUAAAAGCUUUUCGAUGGUUCCCUGUUGGCUACAGAACAUAAUUAGAGCCUCUGAGCAUGGCUUACUAGGCCCGUCUACAUAACCCAGGCCCAGCCCAUCUCUACACUGUGUUCCUUGAUACUCUGGCACUUCCCUUUAAAUUCGAUUGCCAAAAUUCUUGGCGGUCUGGCCGAUUCCACAUUGUUUCACUUCUCAGUGCCUUUGCUUAUGCCGAUUUACCAUUCCCACCUGGGAAUCUCACCCUUCUCCACCUGGGUAAAGGCUACCUUCCUGCAAAACUCAGGCAUCAGAAAGUUCUCCCUGAAUCCCCGGUGGACUGUUAAGUAAACUACGUUGCCUGUACUAUCUUAUUUUAUCUAUGCAUUGGUCCUUUUCUGCCUCUAGAUUGCAUAUUCCUUGCGAGCAGAGGUUACACGUUCGCAGCCCAAGUGUUGAUUUCCCUAUAGAGGUGGCAGGUGUGAAUGGAAGGGGGCGGACUCUGGAGUUUGUCUGAGGGGCUGAUAAGUGGAACCGCAGAAGGAGGAGCCUGGACAAGUAGGGCUGGGAAGCUAGGCGAGUGACUGUGCGUGGGACGAGGUCUCGUGAGUGGAUGAGGACAAGAGAGAGAGACAGAGAAGUGUGACUUUAACUUCCUGACACAGGACAGACCACUCUGGUGUGGGGGCAGGUAGUGAUAAGGCAAUGGGGGAGCGCUAGGAGGGAAAAAUUACUUUCAGGGAGGGGUAGGAAUUUUCGGGAAGGAGACGUUUAUGCAGAGUUUUGGAAGACUAGCCGCCUAUCAGAACCUCCCGUCUUCGGUCUUUGUUCCUCCCAGGCGGAGGCACCCUCCCCUCCGCCCGAUUCCCCGCGGUACCUGCGCCUGCGCGUGGCCGCGCCCUUUCUCUUAAACCCGCCUCUUCCGGCCACCUCUGGUCGCGGGGGGGUCCUGUGUGGCGCCCUGGUAAGAUGGCGGCGUCCGAGAAGAUGAUGUUUCCGGAGAAACCAAGCCACAAAAAGUACAGGGCCGCCCUGAAGAAGGCGAAACGAAAGAAACGUCGGCAGGAACUGGCUCGAUUGAGGGACUCAGGACUCUCACAGAAGGAGGAGGAGGAUGCUUUUAUUGAAGAACAACACCUAGAAGAAGAGAAACUGCUGGAGAUAGAGAGGCAAAAAUUACAUGAGGCGUGGUUACUUCGGGAGCAGAAGGCACAAGAAGAAUUCAGAAGAAAGAGGGAAAAGGAAGAGGCAGCUAGAAAACGGCAGGAAGAACAAGAGAGAAAAUUAAAGGAAGAAUGGGAAGAGCAGCAGAGAAAGGAGAGAGAAGAGGAGGAACAGAAGCUACAGGAGAAGAGAGAAAGAGAGGAAGCUGUGCAGAAGAUGCUGGAGCAGGCUGAAAAUGAGUUGGAAAAUGGUGCCACAUGGCAAAACCCAGAGCCACCCAUGGACUUAAGGAUAAUGGAGAAAGAUCGAGCUAAUUGUCCAUUCUACAGUAAAACAGGAGCGUGCAGAUUUGGAGAUAGGUGUUCACGUAAACACAAUUUCCCAUCCUCGAGCCCCACACUCCUUAUUAAAAGCAUGUUCACAACGUUUGGAAUGGAGCAGUGCAGAAGGGAUGACUAUGACCCGGAUGCCAGCCUAGAGUACAGUGAAGAGGAAACCUACCAGCAGUUCCUGGACUUCUAUGAUGACGUGCUUCCUGAGUUCAAGAACGUGGGGAAAGUGAUCCAGUUCAAGGUCAGCUGCAACUUGGAACCUCAUCUGAGGGGCAAUGUGUAUGUUCAGUAUCAAUCGGAAGAAGAAUGUCAAGCAGCCCUUUCCCUGUUUAAUGGACGAUGGUACGCAGGACGGCAGCUCCAGUGCGAAUUCUGCCCAGUGACCCGAUGGAAAAUGGCAAUUUGUGGUUUGUUUGAAAUACAGCAGUGCCCACGAGGAAAACACUGCAACUUCCUGCAUGUGUUCCGAAAUCCCAACAAUGAGUUUUGGGAGGCUAACAGAGACAUCUACCUGUCUCCCGAUCGGACCGGCCCCUCCUUCGGUAAGGGCUCGGAGAGGAGAGACAGGACGGGCCACCACGAGGAGUACUAUGGGAGGCCCAGGAGGAGACGGAGCCCUAGCCCAUCGCACUCCUACAAGAGGAACGGGGAAGCAGAGAGGAAAAGGAGAAGCAGGCGCCGGGGCCAGAAGUCUCACAAACACAUGGCAAGGAGUCGCGAGAGGCACGUUUCACGGAGUAGAGCAAGGAAAAGGGCCCGCAGCCGGGGCCGGGGCAGCGGGAGCCAGAGCUCCUCUAGGUCCAGGAGCCGUGGCAGGAGGAGGUCAGGCAGCAGAGACAGAAUUCUUCAGAGUCCCAAAUGCAAAUAAACAUACUUUGUUCUUACAUGAUUGUAGAUCUUCUUUAUGAGGGCUGCUUCAUACUGGGGCCUAGGGGGCUCUGAGCUCGAUGGCUGAGCAAGGCUGGCAGAACCCUAUUUAAAAAGGCCUUUAUGCUCUGAUAAGCAGUGUGUUUAGUAUAGAAAACCUAGAAGAACCUACAGUGUACAGAUAGCCUGGAAAUCACCUGUAAUCCUAACCCUUAGUGAGAACGUUAACAUGGGAGCAGUGCUUACGCCUUCUUUUCCUCUUCUGCGUCUGCACACAUGGUUUUUUUUUUUUUUUUCACAGUAAGAUCAUAUAUGGCUGCAGUUGAAAAUGUUUUUUUCUCCACCAAACCUCCUAUUUCAUCAAGCCUCUUCUUUUUCUCACUGCCCAGCGUGGACCUAUCCCUUUAUUCAACCAUACCCCUAUUGUUGGAUUUUAAAUUACCUUUAAUUUUGCACUAUUAAAGAAUCUAGUGCUAUAAACAGUCCUGUUGUGGAUUUCCUUAAAUACUUUCACAUAUUUUUGACCGUUUCCUUACGAUAAAUUAUGUUACAUCAAGAGCUAGGACUCCUGAAGCGUUUCCAAAUUGCCCUCCAGAAAGGCUACAACAAUAAGUUUUGCUGUUCUCACACCACCAAGUUCAUCUUUGCCGAUUUGGUAAAUUUUAUGUUUAACUGUUUUGUUUCUCUAUGUAUUGGCUCAGCCACUUUUUCUGUAUUUAAUAACUGUUAAAUUUGGUUGUUUGCCCUUUAUUAAUUAUCUCUUGGGUUUUUCUACAUGCAAUAGCUGAGCAGCUUUUUGACUUUAAAAUUCCUUUUGUUUUAAAGUACUUAAAGGGUAAAGUCCGUUUAUUUCCUCUCCCUCCUGUCCCGUAUUCACAGCCCCUUCUCAGCUGGAAGUUCUCCAUGAGGGGCUGCAUCUUUUUUAUAGUGUGUUGGGGAGCUGUUGAGAUAGAGGUAAGUCUUAUUUCUGUAAUCUUUAGGAAAAUGAGGGUCAUUGCUACUGAAUCUGCCUGGUGUUAAAGCAAUUCUCAUUUAAAAAGUGGUCAGAGAACCUUCUGUUUAAAAAAAAAGCUUAAGGCAAAAAAUACCAUUCUUCGAUUUCAGAUCAUAAAAAAGAAAAGAUGCUCUUAUACUUACUUACACGUUUUUAAUUUUCUUCGUAAACUUUCCAUUGCCAUACUGGACAUCUUGAAUUUCAGAGUAUGUGGCUUUUGGCAACUUGGGAUUUGGAAAUAAGGGCUUAAGGAUGCACAAAGUAUUGAAGCUAACAGAAAGGGAAAGAAAUUUCAAGAUUGGGAUUUCUGAGUAAGGUUAUGUGUUGAAAGUGAGAGUUCUUAAUAUGUAGCCUAUAAAAGUACUAUUAGUAUGGUCCAGAAAUCAUUUUACUUUAAAAAUUGAUUUGUUCAAUUUUAAAUGCCUGCUUUACCCUAAAAAUGAUUGAAAAUUUUCUGUAAUUACCUACUGGAUUCACUAAUGCUGAGUAACGAUCACUAAAUCCAGUAUUUUUCAGUACUUCCCUAAAUACGGCCAAGAUAUGCAUAAUUAAAGGUGGUAUCCCGAGCUGAAUAGCCUUCAUAGAUCAUGGAGGACAAAAUAGGAUAAACACCAGCUUGUGCUCAAGGUAAUUAUGAGAUGAUGGGGUCUUUCUCUCCAGUGUUCAUGGGCACUGCAGUGUGGAGGGAGGGAGAGAGCAGUUUUCAGCCAGUGGACUGGUCCAUUAUCCUGAUAAAUGUCCAUCUUGAACUUAAAUGUAUUACUGUUUCUUAAACUUAUAACCUGAUUACUAUUUAUGAUUUAAACAUUCCAGCUCUACAGUGCCAGCAGAAGCCCAUCAGGCCUGUUUUCAGUGAAUAAACCAGAUGAGUGUUGGAGACGCUCCAUGUCUGCAAGUAUCUUUUUAGCAGACUAGAAACUUGAUGGUAGUUGAUGCCUUGUUCUUUAAUAUCCUUGCUUUACUAUGUAAUAUUUCCCAUCUGCAGUUAGUAGGAGGUCCCUUAACUAUCAUAACCAAAGCUUUGAGUUGCUGCUUCUAUUAGGUGGCAGUUUGUAAAUACCAGUUCAUUUUGGCGAGCGUACUAGCACCUCCAGUGGUGGUGGUGGGGGGGGGGUGCUGGGGGUUGGGGAUCUGGUUGAUUUGGAAUACCUUUGAUUACCUGGAGUAACGAGAGUUGCUCAUUCAGAAAGUAGAAACGUCAACUGCAUCAAGGUUUUAAAAGCGGCAUUUAUUGAUUGAAAAUAAAUGUGUAGAUGAGCUCUCAGCGUGGAAGCCACAUUAUUUUUUAGUGAGCUUUAAAUUUAAGUACAUGAAAACUUAUAUCUUCCAUCAUUUGUCUUGUGUGUGCUUUUAGCAUCCACCUUCAAAUGGAGGUGAAUUUUCGACAUUUUACUGAGAAAAAUUUAAAAUUCUUUCAGCAGCUCCCCAUAGUUUGACAAAGUUUUGCAAAGAGAAAGAUAAAAACAGACUACAGUGGUGUAUGUUGAACAUUUAUUACAACUAAUUGGUGAUGUGAUAAAGACAGUGCUAACACGGCCUGAAUAUGUAUUGGUCACAAUCACAACAAAGCUUAAUCCAGCCCAGCAGAUACAAAUGAAAGUAUAAACCACGAAGACAUGUUUACAUAUACAGAAGUAUGUAUAAAAGUGACACUGAAACAACUGUAUAGCUUUAAAAAAACACAGGGCCCACUAAUGUCAUUUUACCUCAUUCAACUCUGUUUUACAUGAAACGUGCUGUCUGUCUGCUUUUGUAAGAUUUCUGAUAACUAGGCAUUGCCAUGGAAGGGAAGGAAGCUGCCCUAAAGUUUGCAGCACUUGUUAAGUGGAGGGAAGCAAAAGAAACUUGGCCGUUAACAAGCACCCCAGGAGGAGCAUUCGUGCUUUAAACAAUGACUUAAGCAACAUUUUGUGAAGAGAAGAACACAUUUUUCUGUAAGGUAAUGUUGUGAAGAGUUCCGGUAAGUCAAUGUAUCCAUUUUUAUUUGGGGGCAUCAAAAACCAUCCAAGUCACUAACUGGUUAUGACCACAAAAAAAAUUUGUCUCAGGAGUUGAAUGUUCCUUGGCCUUAAAAGCAAACGUGCUCACUAUUAAACAGUCGAUCUCUGUUCCUCAACCCCGGCUUGGAAAGCCGGAGAAAUAAUUUUUAGUGUAAAACACAUCAUUUCAAUUUAGUCAUUUGUGUAUUCCCUUUAAUGUAGUUUCCAAUAAGGAAUAAAUAAUGGUAUAAAUUUUGUUCCUUUUUUUUUUUUUAAGUCUUGAACAGUUAAAUUUUAAUUCAUUUGGUAUGUAUCAAUUCCCUUUAUUCUCAUAUAUGCUGAAAUGCUACACACUAGUCUUUGGUUUCAUAAAACCAGGUUUCAUAUUAUAAUUUAAGUGUCCUUUGCCAAAGAUGGUAAUUAAUGAACGUAUAUUGCCUGAUUGUGUCAUUCUAAUAGAUACAUGAUUAGAUUGAGAGAAACAGAUCUGUAAACUUUAAAAUACCCAGAAAUGGUACCUUUCUUUUCCUGCAUCACUCUAAUUCGUAUUUAAGUCCCUUAUCACUUGAUUAACCGAAGUUCCCUUUAAAAAAAAAUUUUGUGUAGGCCUGAAUGAAGCAGCUUAGCAAAAUAGUAAUACUGACAAGACGUCAUCUUAUACCAUUAGCUAACAUGGACAUGAAGGCAGUGGCCAUCUACAGUGUGACCACAAGAAGUCAUCAACAAGGGAGGAGAGUUAUGUCAGUCCAAUUUCUUCAAGGACACUACGUGGGGUUUCAGCUUCCUGUGGAGGGAAAAUGUGAGACUCUGGUAAGCAGAUGCGGGGAGGCUAGAGAAUGUGAAAUUGACACGGAAGGAUGUGCAAGUUUCACAGAACAGUGCAAGCAAGUCAUUGGUUUGGGCACAUUCGAAUACCGAGAGCAGGCAGUUAUUUAGGGUUUUGCGCCCCAAACGUCAGAGACCACAGAAGGAUAUUUUGAGCAUGCAUCAAAUACCUACUGAUUACCUGCCAAUGUGCUGGGCCCCGCUACUGCCACACAAGAAGCAGGCAAACCCACUGGCAAUUUAGGAAAUCAUUGCUAUCGAAUUAGCUACAGGAAAGGUAAGUUACCUUAGUGUUAAA